CCUUUCCUAUAAAUAAACUGAGAUCUUGUCCGUUCAUGUAACACUCUCUGCUCUGCUCAUCUCCUUCCUCAUCACUAAUUUGAACACUUUCCACAAAAAGACUGAAAAACCAAAAAGAGAGAAACACCCAUGGCUUCAUUUCUUCUGUACUCUAUACUCUCUGCAGUUUUUCUGUAUUUCAUUUUCGCUACCCUGAGGAAGCGCCACCGUCUGCCUCUCCCUCCGGGCCCAAAACCAUGGCCGAUCAUUGGAAACUUGCCUCAUAUGGGCCCAGUGCCUCACCACAGCUUAGCAGCCUUGGCCAAAGUUUAUGGGCCCCUCAUGCACCUGAGGUUAGGAUUCGUGGACGUGGUGGUGGCGGCGUCGGCAUCCGUGGCGGCCCAAUUCUUGAAGGUGCAUGACGCCAAUUUCUCUAGCCGGCCGCCCAAUUCUGGUGCCAAGUAUGUUGCUUAUAACUACCAGGACCUGGUGUUUGCGCCUUAUGGACCCAGGUGGCGGAUGCUCCGUAAAAUCAGCUCCGUCCAUCUAUUCUCCGGCAAGGCUUUGGAUGACUUUAGACACGUUCGCCAGGAUGAGGUAGGGGUGCUGGUACGAGCUUUGGCAGAUGCUAAAACAAAGGUGAACUUGGGACAGCUGCUGAACGUGUGCACAGUGAAUGCGCUAGGGCGGGUGAUGCUUGGGAAAAGGGUGUUCGGUGACGGUAGCGGGAAGGCUGAUCCGGAAGCGGAUGAAUUCAAGUCCAUGGUUGUGGAGCUGAUGGUCUUGGCUGGGGUUGUCAACAUUGGUGACUUCAUUCCAGCGCUGGAGUGGCUAGACUUACAGGGGGUACAAGCCAAAAUGAAGAAACUCCACAAGAGAUUUGACAGGUUUUUGAGUGCUAUUCUUGAGGAACACAAAAUCAAGGCUCGAGAUGGCAGUGGGCAGCACAAGGAUUUGCUUAGUACGUUUAUUUCUUUGGAGGAUGCUGACGGCGAAGGAGGAAAGCUCACCGAUACUGAAAUCAAAGCAUUGCUCUUGAACAUGUUCACAGCUGGUACUGAUACCUCAUCAAGCACUGUGGAGUGGGCGAUAGCAGAGCUUAUUAGGCAUCCCAAGAUCUUAGCCCAAGUCCGAAAAGAGUUGGACUCAGUUGUGGGCCGAGACCGGCUUGUCUCGGACUUAGACCUACCCAAUCUCACUUAUUUCCAAGCUGUAAUCAAGGAAACCUUCCGGCUGCAUCCAUCAACACCACUCUCCCUCCCUCGGAUGGCAUCCGAGAGCUGUGAGAUCAAUGGCUACCACAUCCCUAAGGGUGCCACACUGUUGGUCAACGUAUGGGCCAUAGCUCGUGACCCUGACGAGUGGAAGGACCCGUUGGAGUUCCGGCCCGAAAGGUUUUUACCCGGGGGUGAAAGGCCCAACGCUGAUGUCAGGGGAAAUGAUUUUGAGGUUAUACCAUUUGGCGCUGGACGUAGAAUAUGUGCGGGCAUGAGCUUAGGGUUGCGCAUGGUGCAACUAUUAGCGGCUACGUUGGUGCAUGCUUUCGACUGGGAGCUGGCUGAUGGAUUAAUGCCUGAGAAGCUGAACAUGGAGGAAGCUUUCGGCUUGACGUUACAACGAGCCGCGCCAUUGAUGGUGCACCCCAGGCCACGGUUAUCCCCGCGUGCUUAUUAAGCAGUAUCUCACCCAUCUUAAUGUAUCUAGCUAUGUGUGCGUUCACUGUUAAGAGCGUUAUUGCAGAUAAUACUUAAAUGCACGAAUUUGGUGACCCGAAUUUGCUUGGAAUAGUUUUGGGCUUCAGUUUCAUCUUCAUGAAUCUUGGCUUGGGUUGGAAUUGGUUGGCAGUUUACUUCUUAAUGGAUAACAAACUUUGAUAUCGUCAAGAGAGAAAUAAUCCAACAAGAGUUACAUGUGCUCCUUUGCUAUUUUAAGCAAAUACUAUAUUAUUACAUGCUUAUGAA